AUGUUGUUACUUACAAAGCCCGGCGAGUGUGAAAAGCGUGCGAGGUCUCCGAUGCAGGGACACUAUCGGGAGGCAAUUAGGCGAAGACAGUACCUCAUGAAGUACCACACAACACCGACCGCUGAUUUGUACGCUAAAGUUGACUCCGUCGAAAUUAGCCGUAAGGCGUGGGCCAACGCGAAUCAAGCGGUGCGGCUGAAGGAAAAAGAAGCGACCGAAGAAGAAGAAGCGAAGGCUGCUCAUUUUGCUAAUUUCAACGAGAAACUCGAGUCUCGCGAUGGUGAGCGGUACGUUCACCAUCUCGCAAAGAUUCGUCUUCACCAGGCGGAGGAGAUAGUAAAGUUCUUUAGCAUAAAUGUCGAGAACGGUCACCUCUUGACAUAUCGCAAGCAAACGUUGAAGCGAUGGCGGAGCAUUUCGAAAACAUCUCACCAGUCCAAUUUACUCAUCCCAUUAGAAGAUAACGGUGAAGGAGACCAGCAGGGCUAUGAAGGGGAUCAAAUCAUGGAAAGCUACUGGUUCUGA